AUGCGCUUCUCAUCAGGCAUUCUUCUCGCUCUCCCAGUGCUUGCUGUCGCUGAGGAGCAGGUUCCUCUCCUCGACAAGGUGAAGGGCUUCUUCAACAAGGCGACUGCUGCCGUCUCCGCAUCCAUCCCCUCCAUGCCAUCGGCGCCCGUUGACACGGCAACAAGCAAGGCAGCAUCCAAUGCCGCCGCAGCAAUCCAGUACCCGAUCACCCUAGAGAACUGGAAGGAGGUCCUCACGGUUGAUCCUACUGCCAGCCCUCCUACCACCCAGGAUUGGCUUAUCUUCACCACUGGUGGCAACACCACUUGCUUCGGUCUGUGUGGAAACGCAACCAAGGCAUGGAAUGCUUCUCUCCCCAUCAUGGCCGCAAAGACCAAUGCGCCCAAGUUCGCGUACCUUGACUGCGAAGCUGAGCCCAUUCUCUGCAACGCAUGGUCCGUCGGCGCACCAGCGCUCUACUACUUCCAGGUUCCCAAGCCCAUGGCCGACCAGUCUGCGCCCGUUCCUACCGUUCGCUACCAGCCUUUGAACCGCACAAGCACCACCACCGAGACCUUCAAGAAGCUGAUCGUCGACAACGACAUUGAACAGGUCACCCCUUACGAGGGUCCCUUCCACCCCUUCAACGGUGCGCUCCAGCAGUACAACCUUGCCAUUCCUUACGGAUACGUUACCUGGGGAUUCUCCAAGAUGCCCUCAUGGAUGCCUAUGAUCAUCAUCUCUUUCCUCAGCAGGUCUUUCAUGAGCAAGCAAGGUACGUGCAACCGGCCACCCACAGGCACCUCCGAAAGUUUCGCUGGAGAAGAUGAUCGCACCAGAUCUGUUCCCAAGAAAUUCUGGCGCAAUAUGCUGCCCCGGAUGAAAUACCGUAACCCAUCUAUCCCGAUCGAAAUAGCACGACACAACGAUCCCGACGGCCCCUCACUCCUUCACGUUUACACAAGCAAAACCCAACCCGCGACUGGGUCCACAAAUUCGCCCACAGCCCAGCAGUCAGACUCUUCACCACCGUCCGGCACACCGAACCCACGCAAUACUCUUGUGCCUGAUACCUCGAAGCCCACAUAUACAAUCGACAUCAGAGAUCAGUCAGAAAGCGAGAUCUUGGAGGCACUAGUACAGAAGACGGGCGCGCAGCAGCUCGAGCCAACUGAACAAGAGCUGGCUGAGAUGAAAGAAAUCGAAGAGUUUAAGGAGCGGUCUGAGGCGGACAGAGUGCAGGUUAGGGAGAGGUUAUUGAAGGAGCGGAGAGAGGCUGAGCUGCUCAAGUUGGCGAGGGGAGAGGUACCGGCUACAAACUAA